AUGUCUGUGCUGUGGCUGCUUCUGGGUCUCCUUGCUCUUACUGAUUUAUCUGAAAGCAGCAACUGGGGAUGCUAUGGAAACAUCCGAAACUUCAACACCCCUGGAGCAUCUUGUGGGAUUGGAAAACGUCAAGGCCUGAACUACUGUGGAGUUCGUGCUUCUGAAAGGCUGGCUGAAAUAGACAUGCCAUACAUCCUGAGAUAUCAGCCUGUGAUUCGUACUGUUGGCCAAAAGUACUGCAUGGAUCCUGCAGUGAUCGCUGGUGUCUUGUCCAGGGAGUCUCAUGGUGGCAACAUUAUGGUCAAUGUGGGCAAUGUGGGUGAUGGAAUCGGGGUUGUGCAGGACCCUGGCCUUUAUGCUCCCACAUCCUGGAUCAGCGAGUCCCAGGUUUCUCAGAUAAUCGAGGUCCUGACACUUAGGAUCAAAGAAAUCCAGACCAGGUUUCCAACCUGGACCCCUGACCAGUACCUGAGAGGUGGACUCUGUGCCUAUGCUGGAGGUCCUGGCUACAUCAGAAGCAGCCAAGACCUGAACUGUGACUUCUGCAAUGAUGUCCUUGCACGAGCCAAAUACUUCAAGAGACACGGCUUCUAA